AGAGGAGGAGGAGGAGGAGGAAAGGGAGGGAGAGAGGGCCGGCCACGGGCUGGGUGCGGUCCUGGCGGUCCCCGAUCCGGAUUUCUUCAAUUUCCCCUCUCUGUCGCUCACUCGUGCUCUGCGAGCUGAGGCACAGUCGGAAAGAGCAGCAGCUCCGGCGGCAGCGCUGACCGCUAGAGCGCGGCGGCGACGAUUUAACCGCGGCAGCCAAAACAAACGGAGCCCUCGCUAUUUAUUGGCGGCGGCCGGAGCGGGCCGGCUCAGAGCGGCCGACCAGCUCACCUGCCCCCCUCGCCGCAUGGCCGCGGCCGCUGCUCCCCUCCCGGGGCAGCCCGGCUGCCGCCGCCGCUCCUGUUGGAGCGAGUCCCGCUGAGCUCCUGUGGGUCGUCAGAGCCAUGAAGGCGGCGCGGCUGCUGCUCCUCCUCAGCGGCUGCGCGCUGCUCCUGUUGGCGCCGGAGGUGCGCGGCUGCGGGCCGGGCCGGGUAGUGGGCAGCCGCCGCCGCCCGCCCAGGAAGCUCAUCCCCCUCGCCUACAAGCAGUUCAGCCCCAACGUGCCCGAGAAGACGCUGGGCGCCAGCGGCAGGUACGAGGGCAAGAUCGCCCGCAACUCCGAGCGCUUCAAGGAGCUCACGCCCAACUACAACCCGGACAUCAUCUUCAAAGACGAGGAGAACACCGGCGCAGACCGCCUCAUGACCCAGCGCUGUAAGGACCGCCUAAACUCCCUAGCAAUUUCAGUAAUGAACCAAUGGCCAGGGGUAAAGCUCCGUGUGACAGAAGGCUGGGAUGAAGAUGGACACCACUCGGAGGAGUCCCUGCACUAUGAAGGCCGUGCUGUUGACAUCACCACCUCUGACCGGGACCGCAACAAGUAUGGGAUGCUGGCACGACUGGCUGUGGAGGCUGGUUUUGACUGGGUCUACUAUGAGUCCAAGGCUCACAUUCACUGUUCUGUUAAAUCAGAGCAUUCAGCAGCAGCAAAGACGGGAGGCUGUUUCCCAGCCCAGGCCCUGGCAACUCUAGAAAGUGGGACCAAGAUUCCAUUGUGGGCACUGAGGCCUGGGCAGCGGGUCCAAGCCAUGGAUGUGCAAGGCCACCUCGUAUACAGUGAGUUCCUGGCAUUUCUGGAUAAGGCACUCUCGGCACGAACUGCUUUCCACGUCAUUGAGACACAAGACCCACCCCGCCGCUUGGCCCUCACAGCAGCACACCUCCUUUUUGUGGGGGAGAAUGCAACUGCACCCAUGAAGGCUAUUUUUGCCAGCCUGGUCCAGCCAGGCCAAUACGUGCUGGUAACCGAGGGGGGUCAGCUGCAGCCGGCCAGGGUAGCGGCCGUUUCCUUACAGGUGGAUGUUGGCGCCUACGCUCCCCUCACCAGCCACGGGACUCUGGUGGUGGAUGAAGUGGUGGCCUCUUGUUUCGCUCUGGUGCAGGACCACCGCUUGGCCCAGUUGGCUUUCUGGCCCCUGCGACUGUAUCACCACUGGGCAGGGCAUGAGUGGACCCAGCCAGAAGGUGUGCACUGGUACUCUCUCCUGCUUUACCGUCUGGGCCAAACGUUCCUAGCUUCAGAUAGCUUCCACCAGUUGGCCACAGUGCAGUUUGAGAGCUGAGUUAAUGUUUUCCACUGCCGCUGAAACAGGGAGAAACCCAGUGGCCUAUGGUGGCUCUUGGGAGGGACUGCUUGGCAGCCAGAACCCUGAUGGUGGGGGGAAGGUGGGACUGCUGGCUUCCCAUCCCCUACACCAAGCACAAGGGUGGAAGGAAGGUUUUGACUUUUGCUUCCAAGGGGCCUUCUUUGUGCUUUUGGCUACAGAAAGGAGUGCCCAGUAACAGGGCCAAAUGCUGCUAGUUUGGUUCCAGAGCCUCUGAUGCAACAAGGAGAGGCAGACAGAUGGAGGCCCUGAAACCUAGAAUGAAUGAAUGAAUGAAUGAAUGAAUGAAUGAAUGAAUGAAUGCAUGAAUGAGGUGGCUAGAAAAUUCUGCAGCUCUGUCUGCAGAUUGAGGAAGCACCGCGUGAGUGUAUCUGCGAGGAGGCUCCAGGGAGAGGCUGAGGGGGUGUUGUGAGAGAGGCUCCAAAAAAGCCUCCUUUUAGGAACUGUACCUCUCCUGGUAUUGCUCCUUGGUGGCCGAAGUAGCUAUACAGGAGACACUCCUGGGAUUCUUGCCCUUGUCAGAACAAUGAGGACGGAAAUGCUUAUUUAUUUCCAGCUGAAAGUCCAUCUGAAUCUGGGAGCAAAUAAGCACAGGAAAGAAGAAGGGCACAUCAGUUAUGGUGAGGGAAUGGGCAACAGAGGAAAGGUUUAUAGGAAAUCAUGCCAUCUUCUCUAGAUCAGUAGACUAUUGGCCUGCAGUGAUGGAACCCUCUGUUUGUCUUCUGCAUUCACUAAUGCAAAUUAAAAGAAUCACUCCACCUUCAAACAUGCACUGAAAGAAGGAAGAGUACAGGGUGAUAUGGGGGAGAAAAAAGUAUCCAUUAUCAGCCCACUUUAAGUAGCCAACCCUAGCUGGAUUCACAAAAGGGUGGUUAUUGUAAUAAUACUAUUUAACCAUUUCACCAUGUUGACUGGGCUUGAAAAAUCACCAAGAGGAACAAAAUUAGAAAACAGAACUGAGAAUUCUCUGCUUGUGGAAGGACAGAUUGGGAGGUGGGGAGUAGACAUGGAUUGUUUGCUUUUCCAAAGUCUUUCAUUGCUUUUGAAGGUACAGGAGGGCAGGUGUUUUCCAGGAGCCUAACUUUUUGUUCUCUUGGCAUUCCAGUGAUGGGUACAGGGCAGAGGAUCUGAUGUUUGUGCUUAGGUAAGAAAAAGGAACAGACACAAGGCCAUUGGCAGAGAAUAACUUAUUGUUCGCUCUGCCAAUCCUAUCUUCUUUGUGUUAGCUUGAUAAAUAUGGAUCUUUCUUUGCCAAGGCGGUGUGGAAUGCCACCUCUAGGACAAUUUUAUGCAUUAUGUAUCAAUUGUGCUUCUGCAGAGUAUACCCGAGAUGAACUCAACUCUGUUUAUCAUUUACAAAACUAUUUUUCUAUAUGCACAUAUGCAUUUAAAAAAACUAGUGAAGUGCUAUGUUUACAUGCAGAAAAAUAAAACUGGUUGCUCGUCCCAUCUAAUGCAACUCCCUAGAAAAUGGCUUUCAGCUACACUGAAAAUCUUCUAUCCUGGAAAAGUGUUAGUUUCUCAAUUUCUCUCUUUCUCUCUCUCUCUCUCUCUCUGGGUCAAAAACAUCAAAUAGGUUUCUGGUUGACUAAUAACUGAUUUUUCUGAGGAGUGGUAAGUUUUCAAGUAUACCCAGCAUUUCCCACAUGUAAGUGAAAUAUGUGUUGGAAAUUGUCACAUGUAAAAAACCAGCUCCUGGAUCUCCCAGUUUAAGCCUCUCCUUGAGGAUAUUAUGCUGCAAUGACAUCUUUGCACCAGCAGUUGGCCAUCCUCCACCUUCAAUUCUGACAACUAAUAUUUUGCUUCUAUGUAGCUACCAGGGCAGCCCAUUAACCAGCCACCAAGAAUGUGUGUGUUCUUGCCCACAGGGAACUCCUCGGGCUUCUCCACCAUCACCCCCAAAUCUGACCCCAUGAGUGGAAGUAAAUGAAAAGGCCUCUUUGCUUUUCACAUUGAAUUUAUUUAUUUCCUUGCCCUUUGCAGAAUGCUCAGAAUUCCCUGGUUAGUAAAACUUUCUGCUAACUGAGACCAAAGGGGGUGGGGUCGGGGGAUUUGUUGGGAUAAUUGUUUCGAAUAAAAGUAUUUAAGGAUUAUUUCAGAAAAGCAGAGUUUUUAUGUGAUCUUAAGCAGGGUGUGAGGGAAGUGUAAGCAUUUGUCUCUUCACUGGAUGUAAAUUUCCCUAAUGGAUGAGAAGUCCAAUAAAUCUCUUGACCCACA